GUACAACUUUCUAUCAGCUCAAAUUUUCAUAAUCCCACUUGAAAAAAAUCAGAAAAAAUCCUCCAAGAUUUCUGUAAUGGAACCGGCUAGAAAUUCUGAAACAAAUAUCUUCUCAGUUGCAGAAGUUCCUCCAUGUCCAAACACCCCACUUCAAGACCCAAAAGAAACCAAACAGAAACUAAGAGUUGAAGAAGAUGAGGAGGCGAUGAAAGAUCAAGAAAAACAGAAGAAACCCAGCAUCCGAAUUGAUCUAGAGGCUUCGGAUAGUGAUUCAAAUCGCGGGUUCAGCUUUGAUAAUCCGGAACUCAAUCUACUCGAAUCCCUCGAAACGGGGUCGUCAGAAGGCACCACCACCACCACGACCACCGCCCUUGUUUCUGAUGCAGCAGAGCCUAGGGUUUUCCCAUGCAACUACUGUCAAAGAAAAUUCUACAGCUCACAGGCGCUCGGAGGGCACCAGAAUGCCCACAAACGAGAGAGAACCCUAGCAAAGAGAGGGCAGAGGAUGUUGGGGUCCCACAUAACGGCCUCAGCUGCAGGUUUUGGGUACCCUUAUUACUCUAGUUUGGCUUCUCUGCCUCUCCAUGGUGGUGCUUUUAGGGCACUGGACAUUCAGGCUCACUCCAUGAUCCACAAGCCUAGUUCCAUGAUGCCUUCGUCUGCGAUUCGGUUCGGAAGUUCUUAUGGACAUCGGAGUUUUAGGUCAAGACCAAUUUUUGAUCAGCAACCAACGGUCGGAAAGCUCGGAGUUGCAGCAGCUAGAGGUGGUGGUGGAGCUGGGAGGUUUGACGUGGCAAAGAGCAACAUGGUUUCACAAGGCAACGAAGAAAUUGGAAAAUGUUGGUUGGGAAACGACAGUCGUUUCAAGAGUAGCAGUGAUCAGGAGGAAAUGAAGCUUGACUUGUCGCUCAAGCUCUAACUAGUUAGUAACUAGACGGCAGAAUUCUUCAUCAUUCCUUUGUAUCAUAUAUGAUCCUCUGUUUUUUUUUUUUUUUUUUUUUUAUUAAUUUUGUUCUGUCAGUAGAUGUGGUUUAGAAUUCUUGUUUCACAUAUGGUUUGUGUAAAUUUGAUUUUUGAGAAUAGCAAGAGCAUUUGAUA